AUGGUGACCAAGUUCCAUCAGCAUGUCCUGGCCUUGGUGUUUGCCAUAAAUGAGAUCAACCAAAAUCUCAGAAUCUUGCCCAAUGUUACUCUUGGAUAUCACAUCUAUGACAACUACCACGACAUGAAGAUGACGUAUCGCACCACUCUUGAUCUACUCUGUAAAUCACAUCGGUAUUUUCCUAACUAUGAAUGUGAUAACCACAAAAACUUGGUAGCCAUCAUUGGGGGACUUAAUUCUGAUAUCUCUUUCUGCAUGGCAGACAUCCUAAGUCUCUACAAGAUACCACAGGUCAGACCUGUUCAAGGAACAAAGACAGUGAAGAUCAAUGAAACAUGUACUGGGGAGGAGAGACUGGAGAGUCUUCCCGAGCACCUUUUUGAAUUGCACAUGACAGGCUACAGUUACAGCAUCUACAAUGCAGUCUAUGCUGUGGCACAUAGUUUGCACGCAAUGUAUUCAUCCAAAUCCAGUGACAGAUCAAUGGACAGGGGUCAAGGAGCGGAAUGGCAUGAUCUCCAGUCUUGGCAGAUGGUGUCCAUUUCUUUGUGCAAUGACUACUGCAACCCUGGCUUUCACAAGAGGAGGAAGGAAGGGGAGACAUUUUGUUGCUAUGAUUGUGUUCCUUGCCCAGAAGGGAGGAUUUCAAGCCAGAAGGAUAUGGACGAUUGCACCAAAUGCCAAAGUGGUCAGUAUUCAAACAAGGACCAAGAUGGAUGCAUUCCCAAGACCUUAAACUUCCUGUCUUUUGAUGAACCUUUAGGAAUUUCUUUGGCUUCCAUAGCUGCUUCUUUAGUUCUUCUCACAACUGUAGUAUUAGGAACUUUUAUUAAGCACAAAAACACUCCUGUUGUCAAAGCCAACAACCUGGACAUCACCUACGCACUUCUCAUUUCCCUCCUGUUCUGCUUCCUCUCUUCCUUGCUAUUUGUUGGGCAACCAAGUCAGGUGACCUGCUUCUUUCGACUGUCAACUUUCAGCAUUGUCUUUUCAGUGGCUGUUUCCUGUGUGUUGGCCAAAACCAUCACUGUGGUUGUUGCUUUCAUGGCCACUAAACCAGGAUCCAGCAUGAAGAGGUGGCUAGGGAAAUGGCUGGCUAAGUCAGUCGUCCUUUCUUGCUCCCUCAUUCAGGUGGGCAUUUCUAUAGUGUGGCUAGCAACCUCACCACCGUUCCCAGAUUUUGACACACUGUCAUUGACUGAAGAGAUCAUAGUAGAAUGUAAUGAAGGGUCUGUUUUCAUGUUCUACAUUGUUCUGGGUUAUAUGGGACUUCUAUCCAUCAUGAGUUUGACUGUGGCUUUCCUAGCUAGGAAGUUGCCGAACAGUUUUAAUGAAGCCAAGUUCAUCACCUUCAGCAUGUUGAUCUUUUGCAGUGUUUGGGUGUCUUUUGUUCCAACCUAUCUCAGCACCAAAGGGAAAUCCAUGGUAAUGGUAGAAAUCUUCUCUAUCUUGGUGUCCAGUGCUGGGUUAUUAGGCUGUAUAUUUUUCCCCAAAUGCUUCAUUAUUGUGUUGAGACCUGAGCUGAACAGGAGAGAGGAACUAAUAAGGAGAAAAAGAUAA